AUGUCUAGCCCUCUGGAGAAGCGACUUCAAAAAGAGCUGGUGCAGCUGGCUCAGGAACCUCCACCAGGCAUCAGGCUUAGCACUGACACCGUUUCGUCUCUUAAGCAAUGGAACGUAGAAAUUAAAGGUGCGUCGAACACACUGUACGACGGUGAGAGCUUCACCCUGCAGUUUACAUUUAGCGAAAAUUAUCCGUUUUCGUCUCCCGAAGUGAUAUUUAUUGGACACAACAUUCCGGUCCAUCCACAUGUGUACAGCAACGGCCACAUAUGUCUAUCGAUUUUGGCCGAAGAUUGGACGCCGGCGUUGAGUGUGCAGUCUGUAUGCCUGUCUAUCAUGUCAAUGUUGUCUAGUUGCAAAGAAAAGAAGCGACCUUCUGACAACGCACUCUAUGUUAGGACGUGUAACAAGAAUCCUAAGAAGACGCAGUGGUGGUUUCAUGGUAAAUGCUGA